AUGGAAAUAUGGGAGGGGGAUUCAGCCCUCCUAAUCACCUUCUUCAAGGCCUCACCGGGAGCUGGCAAACCAACUUCGCAUCUUGAUCGUAUCGGUUUCAUGGUCUGCCUUGUUAUACAGCUGACGGUCGCCACGAUACCGACAUUCCUGUAUGGUAACUGGAGUAUUCUCUUCAUAACCGCCGUAGGCACCAUCUUGUCCGUGAGCACUGCGUCAUUGAAAGAAUGGAGGCGUGAGAAAUACAAAUGCAGGAAAAACUCCAAGCAUGAUUACGCUGUUACGCGCGGAAACGGUCAUUCGCACGUCUUCGUCAUCCAGUCGGGCUCUGCAAGUCCGGGAGGUGCAGGGCCCGGCCUGUUUUUAGAUGACCUUGCGGGUGCAGUGCAGAAAUCUGAUCGCCGAACAAAGACCUUGUCCGUCUGCUUUGCGUUCCUGUGGAUCUGUUUCAUGAUCACUGCGGCCGCCAUCAAGGACAACACGUGGUUCCUUUUGAUUGUUGGACUCGUUGGUAUGACACAGAAUAUAUGGGUAGCAGGCCGACCCAGAGAAUCAGCGGCACAUGGGAUCCCUGUAGAGCGAAUCGGCCACACAUAUGGACGUAGAGAGAAGAACAAGGCCAGACCAAGGGUGACAAACGUCCUCAAGGAAGUUGAACUGGCAUAUCCUGGUGUUGGCCGUGCCAUCCGUUCCGAAUUCCUCCCGGAUCAUGCAUUAAGGCCUCAAGAGAUCCAGUGGUGGGACAAUCCGCCUUACCCUCCUGCAAACCCUCCGCCAAACCCUCCAAAUCCUCCGCCAAACCCUCAUCCAAGUCAGGCUGUAAAUCAACUCGUUGCAAACCAGUCCCCGCAAAACCAGCCUCCUAUCAAUCCUCCUCUGGUAAACCCCCCUCCUGUAACUCAUUCUCCUGCGACCAAUCAAUCUACGAACCAGCAACCCGCGAACUAG